ACAUUUUAUUAGUGGAAAAUCUGAAUUUUGCAAAGAUUUCAAGACCUUGUAAAAAAAAAAAAAAAGAAAUGUGGAAACAAUUUUGGCUUCUGCUGUCUGGAUCUUUUCCAAGCGCAGCAGCUGAGACAGAAGACUCAUCCUUCAAUGACUUAAGCAAGCUCUUCAGUUUCAAACCGGGUGUCCCUGCCACCUCUGUGCACCACCACCCGACGUCAAAACGUCCAGGAAAAAGGGGGCGCUUGUCAGAAGAGGAGUACAUUCAGUACACACAUGAGGAUUUCUGUCCAAACUGUACAUUCAGUUCUAUUCUUAAUAUUCAGAGUGAAACAAAAGAGAUAUUUGUAGAGUGGAAUACAUACAAUGCAACAUUAUCAGACCCCUUUGCACCGUUUGGUGAAUCCGCCCAUACUAGGAAAUGAGGGCUUCCUGUUGUUUCUAGAGCCUUCCUGCAGAAAGGUUGAGAUACAUUACCCUUACUCACAGGGAAGAUGAACACCGCGUUAGACAAAAUGACCCUCACCAGAUUCCCUCUUGUGCUUUCUGGGUGUUUCAUAACACUUCUCAUGUGUGCGACUGCAGCCACAAACGAGUCCACUGUGACUUGUGGAAGCGGGCAAAUUUGUGAAUCGCUUUGCGGCAUUUGUGAGGAGGUUUUCGGAGGGCCAACAAUGGAUUGUCUUUCUGCCCUCUUUGAACAUUCAUGUCUGCCCAAGUUUAACUAUGCGAUGGACUUAAUGAACACAACGGACUGGUGUGUCUGGGGUAACGUGAACAGUUUAUACAGCAACUUAAGCCUUUGCACAGAAGAGAUGUCCGACUGCCUUCAGAUCCCGUGGCCCAACCCACUGGUGGAAGAUUUUUUUGUGGAUAUUCACUCCGCAUAUUUUAAGGAGUGUCCCACAGAAGAGUUCAGUGACCCCACACCAGCAACCGUCUUCGCCCUGGUGAUCACUCCCAUCUGCCUGAUCCCCGUCAUGGUCAGCCUGGUGGUGCUCAAGACCAAAAAUGGCGACGGGAGCUCCUGAUGAUCCGGAAUCUACUUCCUGCUUUCUCUACCAGAACUAUUAGUGCAGCUUUGAAUCUCUGCAACUCACAACUCACCUGCAGAAGAAGAAACAAAACACAAAUUUAUGUUCUUUCUAAAAACUAUUUCUCAUUCUAUACUGUAUCACAUUUACUGUAUCUAAAGUUCUACGAUAAAGACUGAGACAAAACUUGUUUUUAACCACUCAAGUGAACUUUACUGAAUCACUCAGAGAACAGAGCUACGUUUAUACAUGUAGAGUGGAUCGUUUUUAUGACUAAAGCUGAGUGGCUUGCUGAUGAGAAAUAGAUGUAUUGGAUCUACAUUUUUUCACCUUUUUUGUGACAAAUCCAGUUGGGAGAUUCCUGGUUGAGCCAUCGUGUCUAGGAAGUUUGGAGUCAGAGGUUACUGUUGACACAUCAUGUUUGGAUGUGAUUGAUGAGGUUCACCUCCUGAUCUCUUUUUAAUGAAAUUGUUUUUUUUUUAAGACAAAACACCAAUAGUCUGUGUGCAACAGUAAAAUGCACUGAGUCAUGUCAACAUGACAAAAGUUUGUAUCUUUUACUUGCAUCAUUGCAUCAUGAUGGGUGUAGAUUGUUUAGUUUUGAAUGACGACAAGCUGUUUGCUUUCAGAAGUGGAACAAAAUCUCUAUUUAAUAUUUUAACUUUUGUUAUUUGGGGAAACUGAGAGAUCACAGUGCACUAUAUCUGUUCUUACUCUGUGUUACUUUUUAUUUUAAUCUUUAAAAACAAUUAAAUCUCCAGUUAAGUUUUUG